GACAGUGAUGCGGUGCGACAACAAUCGUUGUGACCCGAUAAAUAAAUUAGUUUUUUAAUUUCAUUGAGCGUGGCGAAUUUAAAUAGAUGAGAAAAUUAGAUCCACAAGAGGCCUGGGGGGCUGAGAGAUUAGAAGCGCAAUUAGAAGCUGCCCGAGAUGGUCUUCGAGGACUCGACCGGAGUAUUCGGAAAAUCUUGGGCCGGGAUCUUCCCGACGGAGAAAAUGGUCCAAUACAACCGCCACCCAGACUAUCGCAAAAGAGGCCAUUGCAGGAAGACAGACGACGCGUUGUAUCAGAUUUUGUCAACAAUGAAGUACCUGGUGGUAAACGCAGAUGGCAAGGUUCGAACGGGGAACCAAAAACAGUUUUCAGUCGUUUAAGUGCACGUGUUCCUUCCAAUGCUGAUGAUAGCGCGGAUGAAGAUGACACCAUUAUCAAGCCAGCCGUAUCUUCACGAGUGAUAGCAACACCACGAGAAAUUCCAUCUCGACAGGAAGUGAUCAGGCGGGAAAGAACAGACGAACGUAGUCGACAAAGGAAUAAACGAAUGUUUGGCGCCCUUUUAGGUACGCUACAAAAAUUUCGUCAAGAGGAAACUAAACUUAAAGCAAAGGAAGAUAAGAAGGCGGAAGUAGAAGCAAGAGUAGAGGAGGCUCGAAGGAGGGAAAAGGAAGAAUUACGAAGGGAAAGGCAACAACUGUUUUUGUCACGCAAACGGCAAUUAGCAGAGGUACGAGCGUUAGAGGCAAAGUUGGCGCGUAGCCGACAAUUUCAAGAUUGGCGUGCUGCACAGUUGCCACUUGCGUCGUUUAUAAAAACGCGAGCACAACCUCCUAUUUAUUACGCACCGAAGCGUAAACAUCCACAGACCGACAUCCUUCUGGCUCAGUCCGCGAAAGAACUUCACGAGGAAAUUGAAAGAAGGGAAAAAGCAUUGGUCGAAGAACUCGAAUUAAUAGAGGUGCAAGUAGGCCUUGGGAAGCAUCAACAGAAUUUCGAUGGAUCCGCAUCGCUAAACACGUCAGCGGAAGUCCAGCAAUCGGUAGAAGAAGGAGAGGAGAAUCGUGAUCCGAAUCCGGAAAAGACUUCAGAAUCAGAAACGAACGAAGCAGUUGACGUUUCGGUGAAACCCGAGAAGGACGAGAACUGCGAUAAGACGAAAGAGAUUGAAAAGUCGGAGGAAGUACAAGUAGAUGAAGUGAAGGAUGAGAAUAAUGGCUAGUAUUAAAUGUACUUACAGUGACUGUACAUAUUACGUACAUUGGAUGGUCCAACGAGAAAGGAAACGGAGUAUUUCUUACUCUAUACUUUACGCGUGUGGAUAAAUUUUACAAUUUUUGAGAGAAUUUCACUUUCUACUUGCUCUCAUACGGAUACAAAUUCAUUCCCUUCGUCGGACUGCAUACUUAUUUCUUCAUCAAGGGUCAAUCGACCGGUGUCGUUUAAACUUUCCGUACAAGUAAAAGAUUAGUUGCAGUUUAUCGAAAUCCCAUAUUUUUUAAAUGUUACAUAUUUGUAUCAUGGCUAUUGUAUACCACUUAAGCGACUACUACCCUUCGAGUAGAACGGAAUAACACGGUGGAGAAGUAAGUAUGCUGAUAACAUACCGUAAGGUAAUUCGAAAUCUUUUUAGAUUGAAAAAAUUAUGUAUAAUAGUCUGUUCAUUGAUUCCUUUGUAUCAGUAUCUGUCUUUUAAUACAUAUGCGUGAAAGAAGAGCGUUAAAUAAACGAAUUUAAUGCUUUACGUGUGUGGUCAAAUAAAAUAUAUAAAUUUAAACCUCGAGCGUGUCUCCUGGUUACAUAGCAUAAUUCAAACUUUUAUGCAAAUUUGUAUAUCUCUGUUCUUUAAUUACUCAUGACAUAUAAAAACAAAAUUCAUUGCGUAUAAGUCUGAUAUUAAUCAAUGCGGGUAAAUAAACACGGGUAAUUUCCCUUCGUAGUAA